AUGAACCGCAGUCUCGUGAGCUUGUUUUUAGUUGCAGUCAUCGUUUCUGUAAGCGCAAAUCUUGCCGAAAAAUUGGUAGGCACACAGAACGCGCAACCCGGCCAAUUUCCAUAUGUGGCCUCUAUUCGAGUACGAAAUUCGCACAUCUGCAGCGGCUCGAUUAUUAGUAAGAAUCACAUUCUCACGGCCCAGCACUGCUUGGAAACAAUUGCUGCGGGAACCGUUAACGACGUGACUGUCGUAACCGGGACGAUCUACCUUGACCAGGGUGGCACAACACACAGCGUGGUUGGUCUGUUCGGCGAUGGCUGGCAAACUAAAGACCAUGAUAUCAGUGUAAUCAAGCUCGGUAAUCCUAUCACUUUCAAUGAGUAUCAACAAUCAAUCGCACUUGCCACUGCGAGAUCACCGGAAGAGACCUACGCUGUUGUAACCGGAUGGGGUAGUAAAUCAGGUCCGCCAUCCAACCUCUCUAAUGUACAACAGUAUUUGAAUGCUCGUAUCAUCAAAUUCAGUGAUUGUCACAACAUCUAUGACGACAUUACCACCGGAAUCUGUACUGUUAAUGAACCAAACAUUGGCACAUGUACUGGUGAUAUUGGCAGCCCAUUGGUCUACAAUAAACGCGUUAUUGGUGUUGUAUCUCGUGAUGUUCAUUGUGCAAAAGGAAUGCCCGAUCUCUACACCAGCACUUAUGAUAACAAGGAAUUUAUUCGCAAUGCUAUGAAAGAAUAA